GCUUCCUAGGCUAAGAGUGGAGAUGAGAGGUAAAGGUGAAAAUGGAGUCUCCACAGUGUGAGCAGGGGAUCACAAAGGUCUCUCUAGCUGAGAUUCUGAGGUGUUUUGAACAUCCUAUAAGUGAGGAGCAAGCCUGGGCUCUCUGCUUUCAGUGUUGCUGUAAAAUGGAGCAGUUGGCUCAGGGGCUGUGCCCACCUCUCCAUUCUGUAUUCAUAAAAGGUCCUGGAAGCAUCUUUAUUCAUGCUGAUGGUACUGCUUCCUUCAAGGUGUACCACAAAUCUGAUAUUGGCAGCAUUCAGCAGUCAGAGGACAAGCUGUUGGAGUACUUGGGAGUGGUGAUCUAUGAAGCCCUGGACUGGGGAAUCGACAGCCAAGUGGAGCGAGAACUGAGUGAUCCUUUGGAGAAAAUGCUGUGCCUCAUGUUGAAACUGGAUGAUGAGGCAUUGAAACCAGCAAUCACCCUGCAGGAUGUUAUCAAGGUUUCCUUCUUCUCACUUAGUAAAUUCAGCAGCUUUAGAGGAGUUGAGUGA